AUGCUGCAGGUGUGCAGGUGGACUACAGGCGGACUACAGGUGGACCACAGGUGGACCACAGGUGGACAACAGGUGGACCACAGGUGGACCACAGGUGGACAACAGGUGGACCACAGGUGGACAACAGGUGGACCACAGGUGGACAACAGGUGGAGUACAGGUGGACUACAGGUGGACAACAGGUGGACUAUAGGUGGACCACAGGUGGACCACAGGUGGACAACAGGUGGACCACAGGUGGACAACAGGUGGACAACAGGUGGACCACAGGUGGACUACAGGUGGACCACAGGUGGACCACAGGUGGACAACAGGUGGACCACAGGUGGACAACAGGUGGACAACAGGUGGACCACAGGUGGACUACAGGUGGACCACAGGUGGACCACAGGUGGACAACAGGUGGACUACAGGUGGACCACAGGUGGACAACAGGUGGACUAUAGGUGGACCACAGGUGCACCACAGGUGGACCACAGGUGGACUACAGGUGGACAACAGGUGGACCACAGGUGGACUACAGGUGGACCACAGGUGGACCACAGGUGGACUACAGGUGGACCACAGGUGGACAACAGGUGGACUAUAGGUGGACCACAGGUGCACCACAGGUGGACCACAGGUGGACUACAGGUGGGCCACAGGUGGACUACAGGUGGACCACCUCUGUCACUGAGGUACCACAGUGUAAAAAUACUUUAUCUGCUCAGGGUAACACCGUCAUUCAGGCAAGGUUCAAAGAUUUAUUCAAAGACAACAAAACAAAGUUUCACCCUAAACCUCUCAAACAAGCAAACAAAAAGGUAAACAGAGUAAACAAGUCUGAGCUUAGAGAUAAAAAAAAUUAGAGAAAACAUACCUUCCUCGACAAACGAUAACGUUUCCUCACUCUCAUCAAACUGCUCCAUGUUUACAGUGUGAAACAAAAAACAGAAUCUUUACAGACUCCAAACACAAAAUAAACUCUCCAAAUGGCCUAAUUAUUUAUAUUCUGCAGCAUUAAAUUACAUGAUGAUAGUUAGAUAGCAGAACCACAGGUGUGUCUAUUUAAAUGAGAACAGGUAGAACCACAGGUGUGUCUAUCUGUAGAUUUAA